GAAGAAUCACCAAGAUAACCCUCCUCUCAAGCAUCGAAUGGGGAGAUCUCCAUGCUCCAAUAACAAUGGCCUCAAGAAGGGCCCCUGGACACCUGAAGAAGACCACAAACUGGUCCAGUACAUCCAGAAGCAUGGCCAUGGAAGCUGGAGAGCCCUCCCUAAACUUGCAGGGCUCAAUAGGUGUGGCAAGAGCUGCAGGCUAAGGUGGACCAACUACUUGAGGCCAGACAUCAAGAGAGGCAAGUUUUCACCAGAGGAAGAGAAAACUAUUCUCAACCUCCAUUCCGCUCUAGGCAACAAGUGGUCUGCAAUUGCAAUGCAUCUUCCUGGGCGGACAGACAACGAGAUCAAGAACUUCUGGAACACUCACCUCAAGAAGAAGCUGAUCCAAAUGGGGUUCGACCCCAUGACUCACCGCCCGAGAACUGACUUCUUCGCGGCCUUCCCCCAGCUCUUGGCCCUCCUCCAACUCCGGGAGCUCAUUGGUCAUCAAGCCGAGGCAAGCCAAGUGGCCAAGCUCCAGUACUUCCAGGACUUGUUGCAUUCCGCAAAUCGCAUAAACAAUGGUUUCAACACCUCCACAAGUAUUGAAUUGGACGCCAUGUUGGCUUCUUCUUCUCCAUUGAUUCCCUCUCUCCCUGCUGUCGAUCACGAUAUGAUCAACGGCACUUUUAACCAGAUUGAGCAUUUGCCACCCUUCUUUGAGGCACCGGUGAGCAACGAGACCAACCAAGGUUUCAACUUAAUUAACGAGGAAGACAUCAACAAUAUCCCAGGAACAGCAUUUGAAUCGCCUCACUCAGCACUUCCUCCUCUCGUUGAUGUCCCACUGACCAUCCAAGAGGACGAUCGUAGCAUUUCUAACUGCGUUGGAAACGAUACUACUUCGUUCUGGUCUGAGCUCUUGCUUGAUGACCAAUUCAUGGCUGAGUUUGCAGGAAAUUUGUAGGUGAAGAAUCUCAUACUGUGUCUCAUUCAGCAUAUUCGUCUGGAGUAUGAUUCUGCCAUCUAACAGAGCAUACCAUCCAUGAAUAAUGCAUCAAAAUUUGUUUGGUUUUGUUUACAUUGAUCCAAUAAACAAUCCCUGCACUCUUGAAGGUUAUGUGCAUUUAGUAAAA